GGAAGUUGGAACCCACGCGCUGGCUGGAAGGUCAGGAAGACGUUCUGGGGAUAAUAACGGAGACCCGUUUCUAUCCUCUUCUGGAAUUCUUCUUUAAAGAUUUCCGGGCCGCCGGAGGGGGCUCCUGGAGCAAGUGCAUCGCGGCCGAAGCUUGGCCGUCAUAGCUGUCAGAGUUUCUCAAGUUAGCCGGAGCUGCCUUAUUCUCUUCCUCUUUUUUUUUUUUCUUCUUCUUGCUAUUCCGCUGUCUAUCGCUUCUUUACCUGAGGAAAGAUGUCGGAGCUCGCGGCAACGGAGUUAUGCGCCUCCGGGCCAGGUGGUGCGAGGACUCUGCAGGUCUGGAGGACGCUGAUGAGCUGGUUCGCCUUCGUUUUCCGGAUUUUCUGGGAGAUCGUGAAGGGGACCCCUUCCUUGGCCCAGGUCCUCUCCUUUCUCGGUGUCCGCCACCCACUGCUAUCCUCCUCGCUUGCCUUCAAGCCGUUCCCUGCCGAUGCCCCCACUGAUACGCCGCCGCCAGCCACGGCGGCGCAGAGUGCCAUCCUGGGAAAGCUAAUGGUGGUCCUUGACUUGGACGAGACUUUGGUAUGUGCAUAUGAGACGUCUAGCAUUCCUUCUUUUGUUCGUAAACAGGCAAUUGAGGCUGGCCUGAAGUGUUUUGAACUGGAAUGUAUAUCUGGAGAAAAGGAUGUUGAAGGAGAAGCGAAGGUUAGUCAUGUAACUGUAUUUGAACGUCCUGGUUUACGAGAGUUUCUGCAGCAAAUUAGUGAAUUUGCUGAUCUAGUUCUUUUCACCGCUGGUCUUGAAGGUUAUGCUAGACCACUUGUUGAUAAAAUUGAUGUUGAUAACAAAUUUACUCAUCGUCUUUACCGGCCUGCAACUGUCAGCACGGAAUAUCGGGAACAUGUUAAAGAUCUUUUAAGCAUUUCGAAAGAUUUGUGUCGGAUUGUUCUUGUUGACAAUAAUCCAUUCAGCUUCUUGCUUCAACCAUUAAAUGGCAUACCCUGUGUUCCAUUUUCUGCUGGACAACCUUAUGAUGAACAGCUUUUAGGUGUUAUUCUUCCACUUCUGAAGCGCCUCUCUCUCCAAAAGGAUGUCAGGCCUGUACUGCACGAAAGAUUUAACAUGCCAGAAUGGUUUAAACAGCAUGGAAUCCCUAAUGUUGAUAUCAAGGAGUAAGAUUUGUUCAUUGAGCAAUGGUAACUUCAUUUGCCCAACCCCCUAAUUUUUGUACAUUAUUUAUGGUUAGGCUUGUGGAAAUCGUUUGGUAUUUAUUGGUUAUUAUUUGCAAUGUAAAAAAACAUGAAAUGUUUAUAUGUCUCUGUAUACUUCUUUAAAGAUAUGGAGUUCUCUGAUUAUUGAGUUAUGUAGCUUCUAGCACCAAAAAUUUGAUUGAUCUGCUUCAGAGUUAAAGAGCAAUUAGUAAUAUUCA